AUGAAUACUUUAAUGAGAGAGCAUUUUGACUUAGUAGAACGCGCAGAUACAAGAAAACCAAAUGUUCUCAAAGUCCAAGAACGAGCAAAAAAAAUUUUGGCUUCAAAAGGCGGAGAUCCUCAAGAAUUGGAUAAAUUAGCUAUUUCGCUAGAAACACUCGAUGGGCAAUGGAAACGUUUAGAAAGUUCUAUUGCAGAAAGAGAUCGCCGAUUUACAGCAGCAUUGAAGAAGGCUGUUGAUUUGUCUGAAAUGAUGCAUGAACUAGGUACUACUCUUCAAGACAUUGAAGGCCGAGCUCGCCGUUUAGGAUUACCUUGGGAAGAACAAGAUGUUUUAACAGAACAAAAUCAGUUAGAAAAACUCCAAAAAGAAUUUAUGUUAGAACAUCCAACAUUAGAAAAGCAAUUAGAAUUAGCUAGAGAACUUCAAUCUCGUAGCCAUCCACGUGCAGAAAAACCUUUAAAAGAAUUAAUAACAACAGCAAAUACUCGUUGGGAAUCUUUGGAUGCGCUUUUAAAUGAUAAAUCAGAAAAGUUAAGACUGAGAUUGGAGGAAAUUCGUAAACAUGAAAGACAACAGAAUGAUUUAUUUAAUUAUUUAGAAGAAAAGCAAGGGCAAUUAGAUUAUUAUAGAGGAGAAUGUCAUGAUGAGGGUCAGCAAGCACGAUUACAAACAUUAAUUGACGAACAACAAAUGUUUAAAUCAGAUUUACAACAACGUCAACCAGAAUUCGAUGAAGUAAUGAAAAUAGCAGCUAAAAGACGUUUACAUAGUGGAAGACAUUCUGAUAAUUUUGGAAUUCUUAGUGGAAAUAAGGGAGGAAUAAAUAAUGAAAAUGAAGAAGGGAAAGAUGAUACUGACCAACUUCUAUCACCUCUUCUUUCUCCUUCCAAAUUUUCCCCUAAAAGAGGAGCAUCUGCUGCCAAACAAAUUAAACUUCAAGAAAAAAUACAACAACAAGAACAACAACAACAAUCAUCACCAUUACGUCAACAAAAUAAAACAAAAAGUGAAAUAUUGGGAGAUUCUUGGAGGAAAUUAUGGGCAGAUUUACGUUUAUAUGAAGAACAUUUAAAGCAGAGAAAGGCACAUUUGGAUGAAAUUGAUAGAUUGAAGAACUUUACUUUUGAGGAAUGGCGUGAACGUUAUCUUGCUUGGAAUGAUCAUGGAAAAGCUAGAGUUUCUGAUUUAUUUCGUCGAAUAGAUAAAUUAGGUACUGGACGUGUACCUCGACAACAAUUUAUUGAUGGAAUAAUUUCUUCAAAAUUUCCAACAACUUUAUUAGAAAUGAAUAAAGUUGCCAAUGAAUUUGAUGGUGGUGAUGGAUUAAUUUCUUCAAAAGAAUUUAUGAAUGCUUUGAGAUAUGAUCCAAAUAAAAGAAUACCUCCAAAAAGUGAAACAGAAAGAAUACAUGAAGAAAUUGCUAGAGAAACGGCUAGAUGUACUUGUGUUAGACGUUUUCCUAUUUUACAUUUAAGUACUGAUAAAGAUAAGGUCCAAUAUGGUUUUGGGUUUGGAGGUUCUAUGAAAAGAAUGGUGAGAAUUCUACGUAGCACGGUAAUGGUUCGUGUUGGUGGUGGUUGGGAAGCUUUGGAUGGGUUUUUGUCAAAACAUGAUCCAUGCCGAGCUAAAGGCCGUAUAAACGUCGACUUACUUCCAUUAACUUCUGAUUAUCAUUUGAGGCCUAUAGGUGCUAUUGAUGCUAUAGGGGAAUUCCAUAGAAAAGAAUCAACAUCUUCUAAUUCUGGUAUUGCUCCUAUUGCCCAGCCUUCAUCUUCAAAUGUUAUUGAAAGAGUGCUUGGAUAUAGUCCUGGACAGCCUGGGCCUAUUAUGAAGGUAUACCCUCGUACUAUUUACUGGUAUCUACAAUCUAAAUUUAAGUUAAGAGAAAAAACUGAGCGUUCAUUGCCAAUGUUCAAAAGAGCAGCAGAUAACGGGUCUACUAUUUCAAUUCCACAACUAAAACAAUCACAAUCCGAUCAUUCCUCAAUUAUUGAUGAUAUUUAUGGCUCUUCCCGCAUUCCCCGGCCUGCAAGUUCUCGACAAGGAGGUUCUGACAUUGCUUCUACCCCUUCCAGGCCAGCUAGUAGAUCUUCUGAUAUUGGAUCUGAUAUAAUUACAAAUCAACCUAAAGGUGUUCGAUUUACGGGAAUUAAUACACAGUAA